CCGAGGACGAUAUGGAGAAGGUUCAAGACACCCCGCCGCAGACCUCACGGUUGGCAUUUAUACGAUCUAAAAAAGGAAUUGCGAUUUUCACGGCUGUCAGCUGCCUCCUCGUCGCAGCAGUGGUGGUAAUAGUUCUCGCUGCGACGGGAGUGAUUCAUCAUACUGGUGGAUCAUCCGAUGGAUCUAAAUCCAGUGAACAGUUGGCUGCUGUCUCUUCACCAACAUCGACCAUCUUAGUAGGCACAAGCACUGCGACGGCGGCAGCGGUCAGUGCGCUUGAAGCGACGUCGACUUCAGCUUCCACUACAGCUACAACUACUAAAGCCACGCCUACUACAUCGAAAUCGACAUCGUCAUACUCCGCUACACCAACCGGUGCAGUAUCUGCGGCAAGCUCCAGCAAUGUUCCUCUGAGAAUAAUGGCUCUCGGCGCCUCCAUUGUCAAGGGAGAGACCUCUCCUGGCUAUCUGGGGUUCCGCAAGCCAAUGCGUGAUCAGCUUGUUGACCUGGGUUAUGAGGUAAACAUGGUGGGCUCCGUAAGACUGGGCGAGUUUGUGGAUAACGACGUCGAGGCGUAUGGGGGCAAGAAAAUUACGGAGAUGCACGACUAUGCCAAGAAGGCCGUACCCAAGAUGUUACCCAACGUGUUUGUCAUAAAUCUGGGAACCAAUAAUCUUUUACAGAAUAAGGAUGUCGACAAAGUGGGACAGCAGAUGGAAGACAUGAUCGACUACUUACUGACAGCGUCCGAUAAAUCGACAGUCAUCCUGAGCACGAUGCUUACGAACAAGGUUGGCGGCGGCGACCUCGAGACCAAGGUCCUGGACAUGAACAAGCAAUAUCGGGACAUUAUGAAGAAGUUUGAAGCAGAUGGCAAACCUGUCGUCCUAGCCGAGAUGCAUCCUAGUGAGGGCGCCUCAGGGGUUCCCUCAGUAAACGAGAUCGGCCCCGACGGCUCUCACCCCACAGUCCAGGGCUAUGAGAUGAUGGGCAGCAUAUUUGUCCGGGCAAUCCAAGAGGCUGACGAGAAGGGUUUUAUUCAAAAGCCGGCCAAUAACGGUACUCCCGACGAUGGCGAAGCUGGAAGGGAUGGAUUCUAGUAGCCAGGCCCCCGCGACACUGCAACCACUCCUAUCACCAGGAGAUACCAUGGAUAUUACCUAGUUCUUGAACGAACAUAACGUGGUGUAUUCCACCUCAGUACAACCAUGAGGAAAUUCCGGAAACGGACAACGAAACAAUCAGAACAAAAAGGCUGCGAAACUCGGAUCUGCACGAUGAUGUUUUAAUUAUCGAGACGUACAUGCGAGAUUCCAUCUCAUUGAAGCGGUGACAGCUCCAUUAUACAAACCGAUCCACACGGGGUGUAGCCUAAUAAAAGACAACGGGGAGGAUGUAAAUAUAGACUUUUCUUCACUUACAGGGCACGUUGGGUGGUUAAACCAAUUCCAUCCAUCCAACCUCGGCUAAAGACAACCUUUGGCCUUACCAAUAUCUCCAUAAGAUGGUUAGUAGGCAUGUUAAUUUGCUUUAGAAAUCACUUGGAUCUUGACGAGUCUUACGAGGAUAGUUUGUAGGAUAUAAUAUAGGGAGGUAGACCAUGUAUAUUAUCAGUCUCAACGAGAUGGGACAUAUCAAGUUACAUCUAGCUUGAUUCAGG